AUGUCGACGUGCGCGGCGGACCUGGCGCCGCUGCUGGGCCCGGCGGCGGCGAACGCCACGGACUACCUCUGCGGCCAGUUCGCGGACACGGCGUCCGCGGUGGACGCCACGUACCUGCUCUUCUCGGCCUACCUCGUCUUCGCCAUGCAGCUCGGCUUCGCCAUGCUCUGCGCCGGCUCCGUCCGCGCCAAGAACACCAUGAACAUCAUGCUCACCAACGUGCUCGACGCCGCCGCCGGGGCGCUCUUCUACUACCUCUUCGGCUUCGCCUUCGCCUUCGGCACGCCCUCCAACGGCUUCAUCGGGAAGCAGUUCUUCGGGCUCCAGCAGCUGCCCAAGACCGGCUUCGACUACGACUUCUUCCUCUACCAGUGGGCCUUCGCCAUCGCCGCCGCGGCAGGCAUCACGUCGGCUCCAUCGCCGAGAGAACCCAGUUCGUCGCCUACCUCAUCUACUCCGCGUUCCUCACGGGGUUCGUCUACCCGUGGUGUCCCACUGGUUCUGGUCCACCGACGGCUGGGCCGCCGCCAGCCGCACCUCCGGCCCGCUGCUGUUCGGGUCCGGCGUCAUCGACUUCGCGGGCUCCGGCGUCGUCCACAUGGUCGGCGGCAUCGCGGGGCUCUGGGGCGCGCUCAUCGAGGGCCCCGCAUCGGGCGCUUCGACCACGCCGGCCGCUCCGUGGCGCUCAAGGGCCACAGCGCGUCGCUCGUGGUGCUCGGCACCUUCCUGCUGUGGUUCGGCUGGUACGGGUUCAACCCCGGGUCCUUCACCACCAUCCUCAAGUCCUACGGCCCCGCGGGGACCGUCCACGGGCAGUGGUCGGCCGUGGGCCGCACCGCCGUCACCACCACCCUCGCCGGCAGCGUCGCCGCGCUCACCACGCUGUUCGGGAAGCGGCUCCAGACGGACCACUGGAACGUGGUGGACGUCUGCAACGGCCUCCUGGGCGGGUUCGCGGCCAUCACGGCCGGGUGCAGCGUGGUGGAGCCGUGGGCGGCCGUCAUCUGCGGCUUCGUGUCCGCGUGGGUGCUCAUCGGCGCCAACGCGCUCGCCGCGCGCCUCAAGUUCGACGACCCGCUGGAGGCGGCGCAGCUGCACGGCGGGUGCGGCGCCUGGGGCGUCCUCUUCACGGGGCUCUUCGCGAGGCAAAAGUACGUGGAGGAGAUCUACGGCGCCGGGAGGCCCUACGGGCUGUUCAUGGGCGGCGGCGGGAAGCUCCUCGCCGCGCAGAUCAUCCAGAUCCUGGUGAUCGCCGGGUGGGUGAGCUGCACCAUGGGCCCGCUCUUCUACGCGCUCAAGAAGCUGGACCUGCUGCGCAUCUCGGCCGACGACGAGAUGUCGGGCAUGGACCUCACCCGGCACGGCGGCUUCGCUUACGUCUACCACGACGAGGACCCCGGCGACAAGGCCGGGGUUGGUGGGUUCAUGCUCAAGUCCGCGCAGCACCGUGUCGAGCCGGCGGCGGCGGCGGCGGCGGCGGCGGCGACCAACUACCAGGUGUAA